GGGGGAGGGGGAGGGGGAGGGGGAGCCGUCGCCGGCGGGAAGGGAGGCGCGCGGAGCCGGAGGGGCUCUGGCCUGGGCCAGCUCUGCUGCGUCGGGGCGGGGACUGGGGCAGCCCUGCGUGGGACGAGACGGAAGCCAGGGCUCUGGAGCUACCCGGGCGACCCAGGCCUGGCUGUGUCGCCAGCUGGGCCUGGGGCCUCCCCGUCUGGGCUUCCUGAGAUCCCGCCCAGGCCCCAGUGGCUCCCCUGGCUGCUCCCUGGGGUUGCCACGAGGGGCGGGCGGCGCACUGACCUGCCUGUGAGCAGGAUCGUUGGGUCCUGCCCACCCUGAGUGGCCCACAGUGACCCCGGGCGGGCCAUGGGGACUGCACUUGUGUACCACGAGGACAUGACAGCCGCCCGGCUGCUCUGGGACGACCCUGAGUGUAAGAUCGAGUGUCCUGAGCGCCUGACCACUGCCUUGGAGCGCCUGCAGCAGCAAGGUCUGGAGCAAAGGUGUCUGCGGCUGGCAGCCCGCGAGGCCUCGGAGGCGGAGCUGGGCCUGGUGCACAGCCCCGAGUAUGUGGCGCUGUUGCGGGGGACCCAGGCCUUGGGCACCAGGGAGCUCCAGGCCCUGUCCAAGCAGUACGAUGCAGUCUACCUCCAUCCGGUGCGUGCCCUGGCUAACCCGCCCCCCCAGUCACACAUCCGGCGCCCGUGCCUGUUCACGGCCGGCACUCCCGUGUACUGUGCCCUGUUGGCUGCCGCUGCAGAGUACCUUCCACUGUGCCCGGCUGGCCGCAGGGGCCGCGCUGCAGCUGGUGGACGCGGUGCUGACGGGAGCUGUGCGCAACGGGCUCGCCCUGGUGAGGCCUCCUGGACACCACAGCCAGAGGGCUACUGCCAACGGAUUCUGCGUGUUCAACAACGUAGCCAUAGCAGCCAAACACGCCCAGCAGCAGCACAGGUUGCGCAGGGCAUCCAGUAUAUCUUCGAGGAUGACCCCAGCGUCCUUUACUUCUCCUGGCACCGCUACGAGCACGGACACUUCUGGCCGCAUCUGCGGGAGUCAGAUGCCGAUGCUGUCGGACGGGGGCGGGGCCUUGGCUUCACUGUUAACCUGCCCUGGAACCAGGUCGGGAUGGGAAAUGCCGACUACGUGGCCGCCUUCCUGCACGUGCUGUUGCCCCUGGCCUUUGAGUUCAACCCUGAGCUGGUCCUAGUCUCUGCAGGAUUCGACUCAGCCAUUGGCGAUCCUGAGGGGCAGAUGCUGGCCACGCCGGAGUGCUUCGCCCACCUCACACAGCUGCUGCAGGUGCUGGCUGGUGGCCGGGUCUGCGCCAUACUGGAGGGUGGUUACCACCUGGAGUCCCUCUCCCAGUCCGUGUGCAUGACGGUGCGAGCGCUGCUGGGCGACCCUGCCCUGCCCUUGUCAGGGCCCAUGGAGCCCCAUGGCAGCGCCCUGGAGUCCCUCCAGCGUGUGCGGGCAGCCCAGGCCCCUCACUGGGUGAGCCUCCAGCAGCAAGGUGCCGCCCCUGUACUGAGCCCCGGCACCCCCUGCCCAGAGGGGAGGCCCUCACCGCUGCCACCGGGGGAGCCUGAAUUCAAGGCAGCGGUGACUCAGGCCGCUGAUGCUCUGAGCGUGCUCCUGGAGCAGCUGCACCUCCACCCCACACCCCCUGUCCGCGUGGCUGCUGCCCUGACUGUGCCAGACGCUGGCCGGGCCCUGCCCCCGGGUGUCCUCUGUGAGGAGGGGUCACUGCCGCGGGAGGAAGCACAGGCCUGGGCCAGGCCACGUGAGGCCCUGGCCCAGGACGAGGCCCUCGCUGCACUCGGGAAGGUCCUGUACCUCUUGGACAGGAUCCUGGAUGGGCAGGUGAGCAGUGGCAUGGCAGCCACACCAGCCCCUGCUGCAGCUGCCACCCUGGACGUGGCCGUUCGGUAUGGCCUGUCCCACGGAGCCCAGAGGCUGCUGUGUGUGGCCGUGGGGCAGCUGGAUCGGCCCCCAGCUCUCACCGAUGAUGGGAGGAGUCUAUGGCUGAACAUUGGGGGCAAGGAGGCAAGUGCCCCGUCCAUGUUCCACGUCUCUGUGCCACUGCCAGUGACGACUGGUGGGUUCCUGAGCUGUGCCCUGGCCCUGGUGCUGCCCCUGGCCUACAGCUUCCAGCCUGACCUGGUGCUGGUGGCGCUGGGGCUGGCCCAUGGCCUGCGGGACCCCCAAGCUGCACUCCUGGCUGCACUACUUCGGGGCCCGGCAGGCGGCCGAGUCUUGGCCCUUGUGGAUGAGGAAUCCACACCCCAGCUUGCGACAGUCCUGGCCAGCGUGCUGAAUGGGGAGGCACCCCCCAGCCUGGGCCCCUUCUCCAUGGCCACCCCAGAGGACACGCAGGCCCUGAUGUACCUGAGACCACGGCUGGAGCCAAGGUGGAAGAUGCUGCAGGUGGCUGCGCCUCCUUGAGUGCUGUGACCUGGCAGCUUGAAGUCGGCCAGGGUGAGAGUAUCUACACCGUGGAAACGACACUACGCACCAGUCCCCCGGGAGCCUGUUGUUAACUGCGCCAGCACGUUUCUGCGCGAGGCUUCUGACCUGUGGGCCAGGCUGUAGGCCUGCCCAGGACACGGGCUCAGGGGCUCUACCGCCGGGACCCCCGCUCCGGCGCCAGCCUCUACACGGACGGCCCCUCCCCGGCUCCCUUCUCCCAGCCGUCAGUAAAAGUAGGUUAAGCCAAA